UUUCAAUGGGCCAUCUGCCUACCUGUGGCCGCGAGCUGUUCUUCAGCACCACACCUUCUUCAGCUCACGGGGGAAAGGAGGCCAUCACUUUAUUUUUCCUGGCCACUGUGCUUCUACACCUUCAUUGCUUUCUGUUUAGGGUUUUAGGCUGGGUUUCUGUGCAGCACUUUGAGAUAUCAGCUGAUGUAAGAAGGGCUUUAUAAAUAAAUGUGAUUUGACUUUAUCUAAUCACUUCAUAAUUAUUGGUGAGGGACUUGCUGUAUUUUGAACUAUGCAAUCUCGUAAGGAGGGACUAAUACCAUUUUUCAACCCCUCUGAAUUAAAACUACUACGGAUUUAAGAUGUCGGACUCUUUAUUGAAAUUUAUUUUGUGUACACUUCCGUUCAUUUUAGCGUUCGCACUUUUGGGAAUAAGAACAGAUGCUGCAUCUGGAGAAGGACCUAUUCUUCCUGAUGGACAGGAUCUUUAUUUCAAAACAGUUGGCAUUUCACCCAUUCUAUCAGUUCCUCAAAGCAUAGUUCAUUCACCUGUCCUCAAGGUUUCAAACAAGGACCAUGGAGCUACCCACCGGCAGAAGCGCAAUGUCCUUUUCCCCAGCGGGGUCAAACUCUGCGGGCAGGAGAGUGUGCAACAAGCCAUCGCAAAUCAUCUCAGCUACUUUCACCUUCGAGUGUGUCAGGAGACGGUGUGGGAAGCCUUCAAGAUUUUCUGGGACCGCCUCCCGAACCAGGAGGAGUACCAGACCUGGAUGAGGCGGUGCCUGGACGGCACGACCACCGCUCUGGAGAUGGGCAACAACUUCAGCCAAUCAGAGGAGCACCUGGCUCUGGUUGAGAGUAGAAUGUCAGUGACGGGGUUAAAAAGGCAAGGCAUCAUAUCCUAUUCACUUCAUUUGCCAUUGCAACCACUCUUUGAGCGUAUUCACUGGGCAAGAUCCUUGUAUUACAUGUCUCAUUCAUUUCCCCAUUGCUGUUUUCUCUACUUCUGUUCUAUCAACUGUAGUGAUGCCACCAACUCAUGGUUACAUAUGUGCAGGUAAGGUUCUGAAGGUUCUUCAACCUUACCUGGCCAUAUCACUCCUCAUCCUCUGCACCUCGACACCGUGUAUAUAUCUCUAUGGCUGCUGUGCCCAUGUCCACUCCAUGUAGAACCCCAAACAUUGUCAUGUGCUUCUUAAAUUACUCUUAAGAAAAGCUUUUUAUAAUUUGAAUUGAUGAGAUCUGUGAGUGAAACCUCUUUCUAACUGUGACUGACUGUUGUUCUUCCACAGCACCCAGACUCCAGACACA